AAGAGCCUGCCUGGUUCUGUUGUGAUCCAAGCUGCUUGCAGGUUUGGUGCCUGGACUGAGACCUCAGCAGUGGGAGCGACCAGCAGCCAGUGAGCCCGUGUGCACCCUUGGCUCUUCAGCAGCAGAGAGGAAUCGUGUUGACAACUGGCAAUGAUCCUCCAUCACAUCAGCACCCCCAUAACCACUGGAAAGAAUUGUUGAACUAGAGGAAGAAGCUGACAUGAUUGUACAGUACCAUCCCUGCCAGAUGACCACAGACCAGCAAUCCAACACAGCAUCAAUCAAGAGAGAGAUGUGCCCAUCUACCUUCCAUCUGCAGAUGAGAGGAGUGACCUGUCUGUAGCUUCUUAGAGGGGAAUGACUGCCCUCAUUACUUUUCUUUGUGCCUCCUUAGCUCAUCAGCAGGCUCAGUCAUCUCAAAGAGACCAUCCCCUGAUCCCCACUGGGCAUGUCAGAUUCCAAUACGACUCAGACAUGCAAGGAUUAUACCUUCAACCACCACCUCCUCCUGCCCGGCUACAUCCUGAUAUUCAUCACAGGCUUGAUACUGAAUGUGGUAGCCCUAUGGAUAUUCAUCCGAUACCUGCGCCUGAAGUCUGUAGUCAUGAUCUACAUGUUCAACCUGGCCAUAAGCGACCUCACCUUCACACUCCCCCUGCCACUGAGACUCUACUACUAUUCCAACCACCGCUGGCCCUUUGGCAGCACCCUGUGCCAGGUCUCUGGCUCUGUCUUCCAGAUCAACAUGUAUGGUAGCUGCCUCUUCCUCAUGUGCAUCAACCUGGAUCGCUACGUAGCCAUUGUUCACCCACUUCGCUGGCGGCACCUGCGGCGCCCCAAGGUGGCCAAGCUCCUUUGCCUGAUAGUCUGGGUUGUGAUCUUCCUGGGCUCCAUCCCCACAGCCAUAGUCCACAAGCAAAACCAUUGUAAGGUACAGAACCAGAACCAGACCAUUCUUCUCUGCUUUGAAAGCUUUAGCGACAACAUGUGGCAGAAUAACCUCUUCCCUCUAGUCAUCCUGGCUGAAAUCUUGGGGUUUCUCCUGCCUCUCAGCUGUGUGACAUACUGCUCCAUUCGGAUCUUUCAGGAGCUAUGCCACUCCAGCCAGCCAAAGACCCUGCGACAGCGGAAGACUGUCCGUCUCCUCCUGGUCAAUCUGGUCAUCUUCAUCAUCUGCUUUGUGCCUUACAACACUACCCUGGCAGUUUAUGGGAUGAUAAAGGCGCGGGUGAUUGAGGUUGAGAAAGCAACUCAGGGCUCGGUGCGCCAAGUGUUAAUUAUAACGAUGAUGAUGGCCAGCAUGAACUGCACGCUGGACCCCUUGAUCUACUACUUUAGUACUGAGGGUUUCCGUAACACCUUCAAGAAAUUGCGGCGGGGACAAGCCUGGGACUCAGAGAUGGGGACACUUAAGCAUCAGGUUGUGGAGAAUAAGUCAAUCCGAGACCAAGCUGUCUCAAAAGUAAAACUGUUCCAAUCUCAAAACUUUGUCCAUGCAAAUGAAUCUUCACCAUCACUUCCUACAGCAGUAUUUUUGAAUGGCCCGAUUGAGGACUCAGAAGUUUAACCACAGAAAAGCCAUUGCAGAGUCAGCCAUGCAGUAACUACAGCAAGCCCGAGGGAAACUGCUCAGGCUAACCUAACAAACUGUUUGAGGGAGCAGAGCAGACUGUAAGUGGGUGAACGUGAUGAUGCAAAGCUAAAGGAUGAAGGGUUGUUUUGAAUAAACAGAGAUGUCUUGGUGGCACGGUCACAACUGAUUCUUUUGGUACAGGAAAUGGUAGGGUGGAACAAGGACUUGAAACAAACCUAGUGUGUCUGGGUGCAGCCAGGGUAAAUCACUAUAGCAAGUCCAUCCACUCCUGCUGCAAUGGGGAUCAUCAGAACACAGAUAUGGUACUCACUGCUGACAAAGUGUAUUUACUAGCAAUAGCUGAGGGAAACUUUUGACUAGAUGUUUCAAUUUGAGUCAUAGGUCCAGC